AUGACAUCUACUUAUAUAAAUGAAAUAAGGAAAAAACAAAAAGAAUAUUUAAGUUAUUUAUUUGAUAAAUUUGAAAAAUAUUCCAAUAAAAACUUUUUAAAUAAUUUAUUAAAUAAAUCAUUAAAUGAAAUAGCUUUGUAUCCUUUUCAAGAUAUUAAUGAUAAUGAAGUUUUAGAUGAUAUUAAUGAUUUUAUCAAUGAAUUAACAAUUAAUGCACAAUAUAAAAAGAAAAGUGUUUUUAAGCAUUUAUGUGAAAAUUUUCUUAAAGGAGAAUUUUAUAUUUAUGAUGAAAAAGAUAGAUAUGAAUUAAAAUUUAUCAUUUUAAAAUUAUUAUUUUUAAUAAGUGAAAGUUCAAGAAAUGAAAAUACAAAAGAAAUUGAUUUGUUAUAUCUUAAAUAUUUUAAUAAAGAAAAGGAAGAAGAAAAAAUAAUUUUAGAUGUAAAUGAACAAAUUGCAUUAGAAGAUAUAAAUCAUUUCAAUAUUUUAGAAGAAAAAAAAUAUUUGAAGGAGUUAUAUAAUACUGAUGAUGAAAAUACAAGAUUUUCUUCUUCUUUAGAAGAUGAAAAUGAAAUUGAUAAAGAAGAAAAUAUAAAAGAAAAGAAAGAUUAUUUAAAUAAUGAGAACAUUGAAAUAUCUAAUUUUAAAAAUGAACUAGAAAAUAAUAAUAUAAGUAAUAAUUUUAACAAUUUUUAUGAGACAAAAUAUAGUUAUAUAGAGAAUUAUAUGAAAAACAAAAAUGAAUUAACAUAUGAAAAUGUUAUUAAAAAAAUAUCUGAUUGUAUUUGUAAAUAUCCACAUUAUGAAAAUAUAAAAGAUAAAAUAAUAAGCAAAAAUACUUCAUUAAAUAACAAAAAUAUUAAUAAUAAUGUAUCACAUGGGAACCAUAAUAAUUAUAAAAAUGAAAACAUAUAUGAAAAUAAAAGUAAAAAUCAUUUGACAGAUUCAAACAGUACGUCUGAUGAAGAUAUAUUUAUAAGUUUAAAAAAAAAACAAAAAAAAAGUAAAGACAUAUUUUUUAAAUCGAAGCCAAGAGAGCAAUAUUUUUUUAAUAAUAUUAAUUUGUUUGAUGAAGAGAAUUAUGAAAAUACUGAAAAUGAGGGAAAUUUAAUAUAUGAAACUGAUAUAUACAAUUUACAUAAUGUUUUUAUGACUGAUUUAAAAGAUAAUACGAAAAAUAAAGGAAAUAUUAAUAAUAAUAUAAAUAAUAAUAAUAUUUAUAAAGAUGAUUGUUAUAAAUGUGAUUAUAAAGAAAAUAAAACUAAUGAAACAAUAGAAAGAAAAAAUAACAACGAUAAUAAUAAACUAAUUGAUAGUUCAUAUAAUAGCAAAAUAAUUAUUGAAGAAAAUAAGAAGCAAAAUUUGUUAAGCGGAGUAUAUAAAACAAAUAAGGAAUGGAAUAAAAGAAAAAAUACAUUUUUUGUAAGUGAGAUUUUUAUUAUAAAAGAAAUUUUAAUGAUUUUGUCUUUGAAUUGCCCUAUUAAAUUUAAAGACAAUUUUUUUACUAAUUUCUCUAAUUUUUUAUUUAAUAACAUAAUGGAUAAAAAUAAAAUAAAAGAUGAUUUUUUAUUUUACAUAGAAAUAGAAAGGAAAAAUAAAAAGAAUAACAAAAAAUUAAAUUCAAAAAUUAAAUAUUGUGCUAAAAUAAAAAAAAUGAUGAAUGUUAAACUAUAUAAUGUAGGAAAAAAAAGUUUUAAUAAUUAUAUUAAAAAAAUGAAAAAAGUAUGCAUAAAAAUAUUUUAUAUCAAUACCUUUUUCUUUUUAGCAAAUAAGUUUAGAAAUUUUUUUUUUUUUUUGCCAUCCAAUUUAAGCGAUAUUUUUAAUUAUAUAAUAUAUAUAAGAGAAAAUAUUAAUGAUGAAAAAAAAAAAAAAAAUUUUUUUUUUUUUUUUGAUCAAAUUAACAUGAAUAAUGAAAAUAAAAGUAAUUUAUAUUAUCAAGGAAAUUUUUUAGAAUCAUUUGUAAGUUCAUUAAAAAAUAUUUAUAAUGAAUGGUUACGUGUAGUUGAUAUUUUAUAUAAUUAUCAUAUAUUACUAAUAUUAAGACAAUAUAAUAUAGUAUCUAUAAAUGAUGAACAAAUUUUGGAAUUUUUGCAAAAAAUAAAAACAAUAAAAAUCAUAGAUUAUUUAAAAUUAAGUCAUUUUACUAAUCUAAGAAAAAAAGAAAAAAAAGGAAAAAAGAAAAUAAAUAUAUAUGAAGACAUUACUAGUUUUAGAUCAUUAAGUUUGAUUCAUUUAAAUCAUAUAAUAAAUAAUUACCUUUAUAUGUGGAAUAAUUUGUAUGAUUUUAUUAAUUUGAUUUUAUCUUAUUUAUUAUAUAAUAUUAGUAUAAAGGAUUAUACUUAUUUCAAUUAUAAUUAUGAUAAUGCUAAAAAAUUAUGCAUCUGUUAUGACAUGAUUUUAUUAUACUGGAGAAACUGUCAAAUUAUGAAUGACCAACCUUUAGAAAAAAUUUUCCGAUUUUUAUUGAAUGAUUUAAAUAUGUAUUAUUCUAAGCAUAUAAAUAAUUGGAUAAAAAAAGGAAAAAUUGAUGAUAGAUUUAAUGAAUUUUUUAUCUUUUCCUUAAAAAAGGAAGAAAAACAUAGUGACAGUCUUUUUAUUAGAAAACAAAAUGAAUUUAUAUUAUGUCCAGAAUUUUUUAAUUCUUUCAUUUUCUCUUUAAUAAGUUUAGGAAAUAAUAUUCGUCUAUAUAUGAAAAUUAAUAAUGAAAAUAAUAUAGAUUAUAUUGAUUAUUAUUUAAAAGAAGAAAAAGGAAUAAAAUGCUUUGAAGAUAAUGAAAAUAUCAAGUUAAAUCUAUGUGAAAAUGACGAUAAUUAUAAUUUUAUUUUUUUGGAAAAAAAUAAAAUUACAACAAAAAAGUUACAUGAAAAUACACUUAAUUAUUAUUAUAAUUUAGAAAGUAUAAAAAAAAUUCAAAAUACUUCACUUGAUAUCAUAUCUAAAUUUUUGACAAUGAAUGAAAGUAAAAAUCUUCCAUAUUUUAAUAAAAAUAUUAUGUUAAUAAAUAUAUCUUAUGACUUGUAUAUUAAACAGUAUUUUCAGGAAAAAUUUUUUAAUUUUUAUGUUAAAAGUAAUCGUAUAUUUCUGUAUAGUUUAAUGAAACAUUGUUAUCUUUUAGAAUAUUUUUGUUGUUUGCGUAGUUUAGUAUUUUUAGAAAUAUGUGACUAUAUUUUUCCAUUUUUUGAAUUUGUUUUUAAAGAAGUAUCUUUUCCUUUUAUUGAUGAAAGAAAUAUUAACUCUAUAUUUAGACAAUGUGUUUAUAAUAGUAAUCAAAAUUUAAAGAAGCAAAAUGCAAAUUUUAAUUAUACCUGUUCCUCUUUUUUGCAUAAAAAAUUUACAUUAAUCCAUAUGAAAAUAUUAUUAUCAAAGAGUAAAAACUAUAAACACAAAAAAAAAGGCAAAAGGAAAAGAAUAUUUAAUGAAAAUUACAGCAAUAUUAUGGAAAAAAAAAAUGUUAAAGAAAUUAAUGAUAUAAACACGAAUGAGUCUUCUAGUAGUUCAAAUUUAUCUAAUAUAAAUAAAAAAAGUUUAUGUUUUAAGGAUUGUAAUCUAUUUAACAAUUCAUUAGAUGAUUAUGAUAAAAAUAUCACGAAAUUCAAUGAUUCUUACGAAAAUUUCGAAGAAGAAUCAAAUUAUCUUAUUAAAAAAAUUAAGAAAAAAAAUAAUGAUAAUGAUAACUUUAAUGAUAUUAAUUAUAAAAAUUUAAGGAAAUAUACUAUUUGUAAAGAAUUAAACACUAAUUUUUACACAGAAGAAAUAAUAACAAAUAUAUUAAAAAGUUUUUAUUUUAAAUUAAAAGAAAACAAAAUUUAUAAUAACAAAAUUAAUGUCAUUAAUUAUAGAAAUUUAAUUAUUGAAACAAAAACAUCACCUUUUAUAAAUUUUCUCGUUGAUUCUACAUGCCUAGAAAAAUAUUCAGCUAUAUUUUCCUACUUUUUAGAAAUUAAAAAAUCAUUACAAAUAUUAAAUUUGGUUCAUAUAUUUUAUAAAUAUUUAAAAACUAAAAAAAAUUCAAGUUUUGAUAAUUUUCACACUAUUAUUUUUUCAUUAUGCACAUUGAAAUAUAAAGUUUUUUUUUUUCUGAAUACUAUCUAUACAUACUACCAAUGGAUGCUAAAUUUUUCGUGGAAUAAUUUUAUAUUCAACUUAUCAAAAUCAAAAUCAAUAGAUCAUAUAAAAAAUAAUCAUCAAUUUUAUUUAAAUUUUUUAAUAGAAACUUUAUUAGUACCUAUAUUAACUAACCAUGAAGAAUUAUAUAACUUUUAUGUAAACGAUGAAUAUAAAAAGAGUACUGUAUAUAAAGAAUAUGAAAAAAUUUUUUUUAAUUAUAACUUAAAUAGAAAAGAAGAAAACUGUGUUCAACCUAUGAAUUACAACAUAUACAACGAUAGAAAUAUAAUUAAAAAUAUGAGUAACUAUGAAAAAGAGGAUAAUACUCCUGAAAAUGACAUAUAUAGAAAUAAUUUGAAAAAAAAUUCUGAUAGAUUGCAUGAAAUUUCAAUUAAUAAGCAAUUUUUAUUGAAUGAAUUAUUUUCUAAUAAUAUUUUAAAUUUAUUAUUCAUACCUUCUCAAAUAUAUGAAAUUUUGGUAAAAAUAAGUAAAUUUUUGAAUAUUAAUUUUGAUUUAAAUUUUGAAAAUCCAUAUGAUAAUGCUUUUGACGAGGAAGAAAAAGAGGAGGAUGAAGAUGAAGAUGAAAAUGAAGAAGAUGAAGAAAUAAACAAAGUAAAAAAUAAUAUAAUGAAUAAAAACAACAUUAGUGAUUCUAAACAUAUAGAAAAAGAACAAUUUAUUUUUUCAAUAAAAAAUGAUAUAAAAACACUUUUAAAUGUAUUUGAAAUACAUUUUUCGGAGUUUAUGAUGAAGUUAAAUAUUAUUUCUUUUAAUAUAGAAGACAAUAAUUUUUUUGGACCAAAUAAAGAUUCUAAAUUAUUUAAUCACAUAAUAAGAUUAGACAAAAAUAUUUUAAAAAAAGUUUCAAUUUUAGAAAAUAUGUUAUCCUUUUAUUCUUAUAAUGAUCUAAAUUACCUUAGAAAUUAA